AUUUUAAUCUUAUUCAUCAAUUCUCCAUAUAUUCAACAUGAUUGGAAAACUCACCAUUGUUCUUCUGGUCGCUUGUAUUGUCUUCACUGAAGCAGCAAAAUUCAAGAAAUUGAACACCAAGGAUCACCCUGUCCCUUACUGCUCAAACGACGAGAUCCUCGGCUGUGUUGGAGAGAUCUCUGGAGCUCUGUUUGACUGUGGACUGACCUUUGAUAUUGUUGGGUGCAUCCAGGAUGUCCUUGGGGCCUCGAACUGUGGAAACUGUAUCUGUGAUGUGCUUGCAUAUCUUGGAUUAGAUCUCUGCUACCUAGAGGAACUAAAAGAGAAGAAACGAAACAUGUAAAACAUGGAAAGCUAAAAUAAUUGACAAAAUUGAAAUAAAAAUUGUAUUGUUUUAAAAA